AUGGCCAUCCAAACUGAUGAUCGGGCAGGAUCGGAUCUAGAGUAUAUCACAAGUAUAGAGGAUGUAUUAGAGAGAUCUGACGAAUCUAAGGGUCAAAAGAGGGAAGUAAAUCUUGACGGUUUCGAAGAGCCCGAUCUAUCUGAGAAGGUGAUCUAUGCUGCAGAAGGAGGACAUUUUGUCAUUCGUAGACCUGCACUACUGGCUAAUAACGAUCCGUUACCAAAUAUUGAAUAUUCAUGGUACAAUGGCGAAACUCAGGUCUACUCGAACAGGUCACACUACAUAACAUCUCGAGGAGAUUUGGUUGUCCUAGAUGCGAUUCGAUCGUCGUUUGGAGGUUACAAGGUUGUAGCCUCUGUCGAAGGACUCGGUGAAGCAGUUUCGAGUAUAUUUACUGUUCAACAGCAAAUGAAUACAGGAGAAUCUAGAGAAGGAUUAUUUAUUAUUUAUCAUUCUGAGGAUCGAACAGUCUACUCCUCUGGGUCUUCACAGAAGCGACCAGAAUCGUUCGACUGUGUGGCGUCCUUGAAGGACGGAACUCGAACUCGAUGGUUUUUGAACGGAGUGGUGAUCUCAGGCACGGAAACUGGCACUGAACUUUCUCAGAACAAUCGUCGUCUGACUAUGAUGGUACCAGAUGCCCUCGGCAAAGGUCGUAGCGAACACAAACUCGAGUGCAAAGUAGAUGCAGCUUCAGGAGUGCUAUUCGAUCAGAGAUCUUCGAAGAUCAAGGUCAUAGAGGAACCAACGCUGAAACCUUCCCCAUCGGAAAAGUUUUUACCUCUGGGCUCUCGUUUGACGAUUCCUUGCUCGCCAAGGAAAAACAGUGUACCAUCGAAGAUCCAGUGGUACUUUAACGGGAAUGAGGUUUGGAUCUCUUAUUUUGCGUUUCUUUUUUUUCGUUUUUCUCACCCUUUUUGCUUCUCUUUUUUGUGUGGUCUCUUUUCUUCAUUAACUAGAAAAGGUAGAAUGUAUGUUCUAUGGAUUUGCGGUUAA